AUGUCCAUCCCGCCCUGGAAAGCCGCCUUCCUGGCCUCGGCCCUCGACGGCCGCGCCCUGCGCCUGGGCUCCUUCGAGCUCAAGUCCAAGCGCAUCUCGCCCUACUUCUUCAACGCCGGCGACUUCUACCGCGCCGACCUGCUGACGGCCCUGGCCGUCGCCUACGCCAACACCAUCCACGAGUCCUUCUCCUCGUCCUCGUCCUCGCCCGACGCCGACGCCCUCCCCUUCGACGUCAUCUUCGGCCCGGCCUACAAGGGCAUCCCGCUGGCCACGGCGACCACCAUGGCGCUGGCGCAGCUGCCGGGCGGCGCGGGCGCGCGGUACGGGCGGGUCGAGUACAGCUUCGACCGCAAGGAGGCCAAGGACCACGGCGAGGGGGGCUCGAUCGUGGGGGCGCCGCUCAAGGGCCGGCGGGUGCUGAUCAUCGACGACGUCAUCAGCGCGGGCACGGCCAAGCGCGACGCCGUGGCCAAGAUCCAGGCCGAGGGCGGCACCGUCGUCGGCAUCGUCGUCGCCCUCGACCGCCAGGAGACGCUGCCCGACAGCGCCGGCAGCGCCAUCGGCCUGCUGCGCCGCGAGUUCGGCAUCCCCAUCGUCGCCAUCCUGACCCUCGAGAACAUCGUCCAGGGCCUGAAGGACAGCGGCGUCGCCUCCCAGGACGACCUGCGCCGCAUCGAGGAGUACCGCGCCAAGUACGGGGCGACCGACUAA